AUGGAUCAGCUAGAGCACCUCUCAUUGGUAAGCAAAGUCCUCGGAGAACUCGAAAAUCAUUUCGGAGUGGCUGACAAGGAUGUUGCUGAGUUCGUUAUACAAAUGGCUCAAGAAAAUCCGACUUUUGACAAAUUCAAAAAAGAGCUGGAAGUUCAAGGACUAUCAGAUCAGUUUGACGAUUCACUUACUGCCACAAUCCUUCGUAUCGUGCAGCAUAUGACGACUGCAAAAAAAAAGACAAAAAAGAGCGGAGACUUUAAGGAAGAUAUCAAAGAUUCUCAUAAGAUCACGUUGAUUUCUGAUGCAAAAGAAGAAAUUAAAGCAAGGUUGCCAGCGUUGGCUAUGGCGAACACAGUUGUUGAGAAAGAAGACGAUGGAAGUGAUUUGAUGGCAGAGUUAGAAAAGUUGCAGGGCCGAUAUGUGGAAGAGAAAAGCCGCGAAAAGGAAUCUAGUUCGAAACGGGCUCGUUCAAGAAGUCAGGAUCGUGAUCGAAAACGGAGAAGAAGCCGUAGUCGGGAUAGAUCUCGAGAAAGAGAUCAUCGUCGGCGGAGCAGAAGUAGAGAAGAAAGGAGACAUCGAGAUGGGAGAGACCGUGACAGAGAUCGUGAUGAUCGGAGGAAUAGUGAUAGAGAUCGGGGAGAUCGUAGAGGACCCGACAGGGAUAAAGACCGACGUGAGAGACCGGGAAGACGUGAUGAAGACAAUUCAAGGAAAUCAGAAGUAGCAGAAGUGGGAAAAAUUUAUGAUGGUCGAGUGAACAGUAUUCAAACAUUCGGAGCUUUUAUUACUCUUGAAGGUUUCCGCCAAAAACAAGAAGGACUUGCCCACAUUUCACAAAUUCGAAAUGAACGUGUUCAAUCAGUUGCAGAUGUUCUCAAAAGAGGUCAAAGUGUGAAAGUAAAAGUGAAUAAAAUUGAAAAUGGUAAAAUUUCGCUGACCAUGAAAGAAGUGGACCAAUCGACAGGAGAGGAUUUAAAUCCACGAGAAGCUGAUUUGAAUCCUGAUGCUAUUGGAGUGAGACCACGUACACCUCCAGCAUCUACCUCAUCUUGGAUGAAUCCAGAGUCAUCAUCAGGUCCGUCAACUUCAAUGGUAGGUGGAAAGACAAGAGUGAGAAUCUCAACACCAGAACGAUGGGAGCUAAGACAGAUGCAGGGAGCUGGAGUGCUGUCAGCCACUGACAUGCCAGAUUUUGAUGAGGAAAUGGGAGUGCUGAAAAACUUCGACGACGAAAGCGACGGAGAAGACAUCGAAAUUGAAUUGGUCGAGGAAGAACCUGACUUUCUGCGAGGUUACGGAAAAGGUGGAGCCGAAAUUGAGCCGGUCAAAGUUGUCAAAAAUCCAGAUGGAUCAUUGGCUCAAGCGGCUCUUAUGCAGGGAGCUUUAUCCAAGGAACGGAAGGAAACGAAAGUUCAAGCACAGCGAGAACGUGAUAUGGACAAUCAAAAAGGAUUUAGUUCAAAUGCACGUAUUCUUGAUCCUAUGUCUGGGAAUCAAUCAACUGCUUGGACUGCUGAUGAAUCAAAGGAUCGGAACAGUAAAAUGAAAGAGAUGCCAGAAUGGUUGAAACAUGUGACAGCUGGUGGAAAAGCAACAUAUGGAAAGAGAACAAAUUUGAGUAUGGUUGAACAACGAGAAAGUCUCCCGAUCUUUGCGUUGAAAAAGAAAUUGAUUGAAGCUAUCAUAGAUAACCAAAUCCUUGUUGUUGUCGGAGAGACAGGUUCAGGAAAAACGACUCAAAUGACACAGUACGCAAUUGAAGCAGGACUUGCAAGACGCGGAAAAAUUGGCUGUACACAGCCGCGUCGUGUUGCGGCAAUGUCAGUGGCAAAGCGUGUGGCAGAAGAAUAUGGAUGCAAGCUUGGAACCGAUGUUGGGUAUACAAUUCGUUUCGAAGAUUGCACCAGUCAAGAUACAAUCAUCAAGUACAUGACUGACGGAAUGCUUCUCAGAGAAUGCCUUAUUGAUCCUGAUCUCUCCGGUUAUUCAUUGAUUAUGCUCGAUGAAGCUCACGAACGUACUAUUCAUACUGAUGUUCUGUUUGGUUUAUUGAAAGCAGCUGCUAGAAAACGUCCCGAACUCAAGUUAAUCAUCACUAGUGCUACGCUGGAUUCUGUUAAAUUCUCGGAAUAUUUCUUGGAAGCCCCCAUUUUCACAAUUCCUGGACGAACUUUUCCUGUGGAGAUUUUGUACACAAGAGAGCCGGAGUCCGAUUAUCUUGAAGCGGCACAUAUCACUGUAAUGCAAAUUCAUUUAACUGAGCCUCCUGGUGACAUCUUGGUGUUUUUGACUGGACAAGAAGAAAUUGAUACUUCAUGCGAAGUAUUAUAUGAACGAAUGAAGUCGAUGGGACCUGAUGUUCCCGAACUCAUCAUUCUUCCAGUUUACGGAGCCCUUCCCAGUGAAAUGCAGACCAGAAUCUUCGAACCAGCACCAGCUGGAAAGCGUAAAGUUGUUAUUGCUACAAAUAUUGCUGAGACGUCGUUGACAAUCGAUGGAAUCUUCUACGUUGUCGACCCAGGAUUUGUGAAGCAAAAAAUUUAUAACCCAAAGAGCGGUAUGGAUUCACUGGUAGUCACGCCGAUUUCCCAAGCUGCUGCAAAACAACGUUCAGGACGUGCAGGACGAACAGGACCUGGAAAGUGUUAUCGUCUGUACACAGAAAGAGCAUUCCGAGAUGAAAUGUUGCCGACUCCUGUUCCAGAAAUUCAACGAACCAAUCUGGCGUCAACACUUCUUCAGCUCAAAGCAAUGGGAAUUAAUAAUUUGAUCGAUUUCGAUUUCAUGGAUGCUCCACCUCUUGAUUCUAUGAUCACAGCUCUCAACACUCUUCACACAUUAUCUGCCCUUGACGGUGAUGGGCUAUUGACUAAACUUGGUCGUCGAAUGGCCGAAUUCCCAUUGGAACCAUCACUCGCCAAACUGCUCAUCAUGUCUGUUGACCUGGGUUGCUCAGAAGAAGUUCUCACGAUUGUAGCAAUGUUGAAUGUGCAAAAUAUUUUCUAUCGACCGAAAGAAAAACAAGAUCAUGCUGAUCAAAAAAAGGCAAAAUUCCACCAACCAGAAGGAGAUCAUUUAACACUUCUUGCCGUUUACAACUCCUGGAAAAAUCAUCAUUUUUCUCAGCCAUGGUGUUUCGAGAAUUUCAUCCAAGUGAGAAGUAUGAAGAGAGCUCAAGAUAUUCGGAAACAACUACUUGGAAUCAUGGAUCGACACAAGCUUCUUAUGCGUAGUUGUGGAAGAGAUGUAUCUCAAGUUCAAAAAGCAAUUUGCUCAGGAUUUUUCCGGAAUGCAGCAAAACGAGAUCCACAAGAAGGAUAUAGAACAUUGACUGAUGGACAAAAUGUCUACAUUCAUCCAUCAUCAGCAUGUUUUCAACAUCAGCCUGAAUGGGUUGUCUAUCACGAAUUGGUUAUGACAACAAAGGAGUAUAUGAGAGAGGUUACUGCAAUCGAUCCCAAAUGGCUCGUUGAAUUUGCUCCUUCCUUCUUCAAAAUCGGUGAUUCCACGAAGUUGUCAACAUUCAAACGAAACCAGAAAAUCGAUCCAUUGUUCGACAAGUACGCGGAUCCAAACGCUUGGCGUAUUACUCGUGUCAAGAAGAGAAUCUACAAUCCAAACAAAUAA